CGACCACGUGACAACAACAAAUCCAGUCAUAAGACGGUCAAAAAUCUCAGACUUGUCUUUUUUUUUAUAGUUAAAAACUGAAUAAUAAUUGUGCUGUAGCACACAGUGUUUUUAAUUCGUAAAAAAUUCAACCUGAUCUAAAUAUUUUUCUUGAGUGAAUUGCCUGCUUAAAGGUUGAUUGACAAAAAUUGAUAUCAUAACCUCAAUUGUUGUUGUCGGUGUGAACAAUUUUGGAAUUAAUGUGAUAACUUCUUGUUUUUUAAGCGGACAUGUAUCGUUAAAUAAUUGUAAAUCAUUUUUAACAAAAUCUUCAUGAUUUAAUUGAUAAUAUCUUGCUGGGAAACCAUAGAAAUUAACGGAAACGAUGUCUGCUCCAAUAACUACAGCAAUGGACAGCAUGACUGCUGCAAUGAAAACAAAUAUAAUACCGAAUCAAGAGUACCUUUUGCAAGGUUCUGUGCUGGAUAGUGCAGUUGAAGUUUUAUUACACAGACUACGGGGAUUGUGCGAUAAUGUAGAUAGUGGCCCAGAAACUUUUUACGAUCACGAAGCGUGCUUUAGUAUUAGAAGAGGACCACCACCAGAGCAGCCUCUUCUCUUAAGAGUUCGAAGAGCUCUAGAUUACACAGACAUGCCUUGGCAAUUACGCUACAUUGGCCAGACAGAAAUCGGAGACAAAUCCCGACCCACAUUAAUCCGAAGUAGUUUAGACAUAGCUACCAGUAGUAGCGUCAAUGAAUUUUUAUUGGAAUUAGGCUGCAAGGUCGAUUUUGAAUACAUCGUGCGUGGCUACAUGUUUCGAAAGGGACGAAUGAAAGUCACAGUGUCAAAAAUAUUCAAAAUGGCACAAGGAAAUCAAGGAAAGAUCCCGGAUAGUGCGGAACCAAUGUCCCAAAGCUAUCUGGUCGAACUUAGCGUUCUUGCUCCAUCUGGACAAGAUGCAAUUGCCGAGGAUAUGAGGUCAUUUGCUGAACAGUUAAAGCCUCUUGUGCAGCUGGAAAAAAUUGACUAUAAGCGACUUAUGCAUUAAAGGAAAUAAUGCCAGAUUUGUAUCAUAAUGAUUUUUAACAUUAGAAAUCGUUAUUGUCGCCAUAAGUCUCCCAAGAUUCGGCUAUGAUAUUUAUCUACUAUUAUUGUCUUCUAUAGUUUAACUAUCAUACUGUUGUUUUCGAUAUUGUAAAUUAAUAAAACAAAGUAUUUAAAUCCAUAG